AUGUGUGUUGAGCCCUUUUGUCACGGCGCUGGCUCAAACUCGCUUUUCUCCGGCAGCUGGGUCUGCCAGCACCUUCCAAUCAACACACCUAGGACUGAUGAGGACGAGCUGUAUAUAGACCAGUGGACCCAAGGAUCCUCGCCGGAACUUAAUCUUCCGUCGUCAGUCUGCCUUCGUCCCCUUGUGAUCGAGCUGUGCGCCUCGACUUCCCCUUUGGACUUUGGACUGCCACCCUCGAUCCUCAACCCUCGCUUGGACACGGAUCUCCUACGCCUCGCCAUUCGCCCUGACCACAUGCCUGCCCCACGGACUGCCUUAAUGCCUUGUUCCUCCUCUCGAGUCAACACUAGGGCUUUGCUGAGGGGAGGGGCCACGGUGUGGUGGGGUAUAAAAGGCAAACGGGUUGAAGCAGGUACAACCACAUCCAGCAUGAACAUGAGGGGAAAGAUCAUCUUCUACGAGGAGAGGAACUUCCAGGGCCGCUCCUAUGAGUGCAUGAGCGACUGCUCCGACAUGUCCUCCAACCUGAGCCGGUGCCAGUCCUGCCGGGUGGAGAGCGGCUGCUUCAUGGUCUACGAGCGCCCCAACUUCAUGGGCAACCAGUUCUUCAUGAGGAGGGGCGAGUACUCCGACUCCAUGAGCAUGAUGGGCAUGAGGGACUGCAUCAGGUCCUGCCGCGUGGUCCCCAUGCACAGAGGCCAAUUCAAGAUCAAGAUCUUCGAGAGGGAGAACUUCAGCGGCCAGUCCAACGAGCUGCAUGAGGACUGCGACAACAUCCAGGAGCGCUUCCGCAUGAGCGACUGCAUGUCCUGCCAGGUGAUGGAGGGCCACUGGCUGCUGUUCGAGCAGCCCCACUUCCGGGGCAAGAUGAUGUACGUGAGGCCCGGAGAGUACCGCAGCUUUAGGGACAUGGACAUGAGUGGCAUGAGGAUCAUGAGCAUGAGGCGCAUCAUGGACUCUUGCAACUAAAUGUUCAAUAAAAUACUUUUUGCAAUACCAGAA